UUCUCAAGUGACUACGACGACAUCCCAAACAAACUUUGACAUGCCACCCAGCAAAUGCAAUCGCCCAAAAUUUUAGUUAUUUAUUUAUAAAUUCGCGCAUUAAAGUGGCGUAAAAUCAAACGCGUCGUUUUAUAUUUGCUUUCUUGUCUUUGUAGAGCAACACGGCGGUCUGGUUUCAUUGCCAUUAAUCCGUUUCCCAGACACCUGAAGAAAUUGGCCAAUAAAUGAUAUUCAGCAAUAUCGGCGAAAUAUCGGUCAACGUCUUCAGCGUCAUCGAGUCAUUAUCGCUUUGUGAACACGAAAUAUAGACGAAUACAUACAUACAAGUGCAGCAUAUCUAUGUGAUUAAAUUCCAUAUGCUCUAAGAGCCAUCGAAUUAAAAAUUUGCAACAGAAACGCACUGGUUAGUGCGUGGUUAAAAUAGUAAUAAUAAGUAAAUAAAAUUUAUGAACUAAAUCGACGAAAACCAGAACUUUCUCGAAAGUAGUAACAAUCAUAUUCUCUUCAACUCUCUACCUACUCCUGCAUAAACACAUACACAGCUCCGAAAUAAUAACAUCUAGUAAACCAAACAUAAACAGCCAGAAACAUGCAGUCACUACGGUGCAGUUUGGUUAUUUUCCUCGUCUUUAUCAUUUGUCAGUCGUGUCUGGCGGGGCCUGCCUUGCGCGUCAAACGUCAACGAGAUGAUCUGCUCUCACUGGAGGCGGAUAGUGCGGAUGCUAUCAAUAGCGAUUUGAAUCCUAUCAAUGCAGAGGCAGUUUCAGGCGAUGAUCUUGAGCGCAACAAAAGAAAAUUACCCGAUGCGACUCUCGAAGCCAAGAACGCAGUGCUGGGAUUUGUCUUUGGUAAAAUCGACAACUUCCUCGACACCAAAACACGUGUCAUCGAGCAGCUGGAUCGUGCCAACAUCGAGAAGAACAGGCAAUAUGACAUUAAGCAACCCGUGCCCAUUAAGGACUUCCAAACGCUCGUUACCGCCGUAGUUUCGCCCAAAAUACGCUCACUGGGAAAUAUUGCCAACGAUUUGACCACUGGCGUGCUGACCACAAUCACCGCUUUCAGCGGUUCUUCAGCGGGCAAUGGCAAUGCAAAUGCUGGUUUAGGUAACAUCGUGUCGAAGUUCCUCGGCUUCUCUGGUCCGAUUCUGCAAGGCUCUGCAGCUGGUCCUGCUGGUGGCGGUACCACAGCUGCGCCGGAUACCGACGAGGCUGGCUAUUAAGGCUGCUGCAAGUGGCUGCUGUGAUGUUAACUAAAAUACGUGUAUAUAUUUAGUGACGUAUGCAAAUACAUAUGUACUUCUAUAUAUAUAUAAAUACAUUUACAAAUUCUUCUCUGGCUAUACACUUCAAUACAGAAUUAUUGUUACGCGCUGCUAACGAAAUAUCGAUCCACAUACACAUUUGAGAAUGCACUUUCAUUGAGAGACACACACACACCCAUACAAUUAAACACAUGUACAAAGGCGAAGCGCGCACACAUACUCAUACAUACAUGCAUACAGCGCAUGUAAUACGUUAAAUUUCAACUCUAUUUUAUUUAAUGCAGAAUACUGUAAAGUUACCCUUUUAAACUUCGAAAGCAAUGCUUUCCUACUAUUCUUGAAUAUACUUAUGUACAUAAUGUAUUGUUCUUGUUAUACUCUCUUUAAACUCUUCUGCGUAUAUUAGUAAUUUUAUUAUGUAGGCAACCAUACUCGAUUUGAUAUUUCUAAAUUUCCAACAAUUCGAAAAAAUAUUUUUUUAUAAACU